AUGCUCUUUACCGCCGCCCCACGCGAUCUUUUCAUGCAACUCAGCGACCUUGAGAGCCAACCGGACCACCAGCAGGAAAGGCAGCAGCAGCACCAGCAUCAGCACCAGCAGCAGCUGCAGCUGCAGCACCAGCAGCAAGGUCACAUGUUAGCUAUGAGCGCGGGAGCAGCAACUUUACGGGGGCAUGAGUAUGUCACGAGGCAGCUGCUACAGCCGCAGACGCCGCUGCAGCAGCAACACCUGUUGCAGCCGCCGUCGCCGCCGCUGCAACAGCAACAUAUCGAUGAAACCCAGCUGAAGGAGAGGCGGGAGCAGCAGCAGCGCAGCCAGAAACUGCAGCAGCAGCAGCAGCGUGCGCUUAGCGAACUGCGCCGUCGCAUCGUUGCAGGCAAGCGCCACCGAUGGUUGCUUCCCCAAGAGCCACCUCCCAGCAGCACCAACAGCAGCAGCAGUAGCAGCAAACCCGCGCAGCUGCUGAAGUUGUGUGACUGGGGGGAAGCUGCCUUCUACUACUGGGUCAAUGCUCAAGGGGGGCCCCUGGGGGCCCCCCCUCCUUUAGACUUCCCUCGGCGUACGCCCAUAGCGGCGCUGCUGAGGAGCAGCAAGGCGUCUGUUGCAGCAGCAGCAGCAGCUAGAGAUGCAGUAGCUGCAGCUGCUGCUGCUGUUGCAGAGGGACGCCCACCGCCAACAGGGGCUCCUCCAACGUGUGAAUUUCCGUCGGCGUUGGUUUAUCAUGCGUUGCAGCAAACUGCAACAGCAGCAGCCGAAGCGGAGGCACCCGCAGCAGCAGACUGCAGCAGCGGCAGCAACAUGGGGAAUGUGGCUCGAGAAUUGCUGAAGUUUCUGCCGCGCUGCUACAGAGUGUAUUGGGAGCAUGAUUGGGAGCCCCUGGACAUGGAGCCUGGCAGCAGCAGCAGCAGCAGCAAGGCUGAGGACAUUGACACAACAACCAGCAGCGUCCGCAGCAGCAGCAGCACGUCUAUGCCAUGCACAUCUUCUGCUUCCUCCACGUACAACACCGCGGACCCCGACAGCAACAGCAGCACCACCACCGCUACCAACAACAGCAGCAGCAGCAGCAGCAGCAGCAGCAGCAGCUUAUUUCGCUGUGCUGUGCAGCUGCUAGAUGUCUGCGGCUCCUUAGGAGGCGCAUGCGUUAUGGAUUUAAAGAUCGGAAGACAAAUGCAUAGUGACGCAUCAGACCCACAAAAAAUUAAACGCAUGCAAAAAAAGGCAGCUAAUCGCUCAUUUGGAACUCACGGCUUCGCUGUCUGCGGAGUGGCGGCGCCUUGUGGGACGCGACCGAGGGGAUCAUCACCUGCUACUGCAGCAGCAGCACCAGCCGUAGCAGCAGAAGCAGUAGUACUACCUACUGCUGCACCGACGACACCUGCUGAUGUUUCUGUUGCACCUGUUGCUUCAUCUGCGUUAUCUGCUGCUGCACCAGUUGCAGCUGCUUCCACCAGCACAGCAGGUGCAGCAUUAGUAGCAGACAACGCUACAGCAGCAGGUGCAGCAGCAGGUGCAGCAGCAGGUGCAGCAGGAGCAGUAGCUGUAUUCCCCCCUCCUAUGUCUUUAACGUUAGCGCCUGCUGCGGCGCAUGCACUAAAGACAGAUAAGGCUUUUAGGUCUCUGUUUGCUGCAUUCUUUGGUGUUAAUGGCAGCAGGAGCUUAACGCUGCGGUUGCUGCAGCGCUGCAUGCAGCUGCUGCUGCCGAUUGUCUCCUUCUUUAGCUGGCAGUCCCUUCUUGCCUUCCAUGGAUCUUCUCUCCUCCUCGUAUACGAUGCAGACCCUCCACCUCCUGCAGCUAAGUGCAGCCGCUGCAGCAGCAACAGCAGCAGCCGCAGCGGAUAUAGCAACAGCAGCAAGACGAGCGGGAAGAGUGGAUGCACCCGCAGCAACAACAAUGCGCAGCAGGGCACCAGAAGCAGCAACAGCAGCAGCGGCGAGUGGUGCUGCCAGCAAGGAGCUGAAGAUGCAGUAGUUAAUUCAUUGUCUCUUUAUAUGGUUGAUUUUGCUCAUGUGUCUUUGCUGCCUGUACACCCCAGAGAUGAGGGGUAUCUCUUUGGCCUUAAUAACCUGCAGCGGCUGCUGCAGAUGGUUAUUGAUGAACUGCAGCAGCAAACGCAAUAA